AUGUCGGCAUCGGUCAGCAUACCAAUCGGAUCAUUCCAUCCCUCGCUUUCAAACGAUGUUACCAUUUGCAUACAAGGAAUUGCGCCAGACAUCGGCGGAGCCGAACUGUUUUCUGCACGCUUCUUGUACCCAGCCAGUGAGAGGUCCCGCGUGAGGCGCCCGUAUCGGUCAGACUACCGGCGAAAUUCGGCAAGCAACGCUACGUCAGCGAGAAGGAUGCAUUGCGGGGUGACCAUCACAUGGAUUCCUCACAUGCGGAUGGAGUGUUCGUUGCCGUUUGUGGAGCCUAGCUGA